AUGAAAGAUAGUCGUUCCGAACGACUCAAAAUCGAUUAUACGAGAUCGAUCUCUAGAGUCUACACAGACUCAGUCAAAGCCAUUAUUGAGACCACCUCUUCUCUCGAUGUUCUUUCUUGUGUCAGUGCGGCAGAUAGAACCGGUUCGUGGGACCUGCCAUCUUGGGUUCCGAAUUGGGAGAUGUACAAAACGCCUAUCAUAGCGGAUCGCCCAAUCUCUUAUGACGAACAACGAGCCAUGGGCACUACAGUAGCUCGAGUCAGCUUUGAAAACAGUUCUGGAAAGGAAAUACUACUUGCUUCGGGGAUUUGCUUCGGCAAAGUAGUAGGGUUGAUAGACCCGUUGAUCAAUGUCGACGCCGAGCGGAUGGGAGACAAGGCCGGAAUUGCGAACCUCGAAUACCUGAGCUUAUACCACCAACUCCCGCCGGUUUUCAAGAAGCUAUCGACAUUAGCCCUGCCGAAUCGACUUUCGGGUGAAUCUUUUCGCCGGACGUGCUCUCUUGGUCUUCUUGGUCACAAUGUCGAUGAUUCAUUCCGAGAGCUUCUCGAUGAACUACCUCUAGAAUCCUUGGACAACGAAGAAGCCCCAAGUUCCACUCUUGAGAGCCCCAUCAAAAGGUUUGGCUACAGUAAUAGAACUAUGGCAUCAGCAUUAGUCAACCGAUCAAUAUUCUUGGUCAAGCCUACCAAUAUGGGCAAAAGACAGCUCAGCUAUGAGAUCGGAAUAGGGGAGGCCAAAGCAGUCCAAGAAUCUGACCUUGUGUGCCCCCUUGAGGGCUGUGGGACGCCACUAAUUUUGCGGCCAAUGGGCUCGCAGCACGUGGUGGUUUGUGCUACAUAUGUUGAUUCCUUGAUGACUGGAUUCGGAAUGUCCUGCAUGAGAGAGGGGCUAUUUGAGGCUCAGAUAUUCCACCUCGUCUAA